AUGGAUUCCAGUACAAAAACGAAUAACAAUCUGUGUGAAUCUAAGAAAAGACUUCUUUGGACGUUGUCUGGAAAAACAGACCAGGAUUAUUGCCUUCUCUUGAAAGAAAUCAAAUACGUGGAAAAAUUGCCCCGAGGUAAACUAAAACGAGGUCCAGAACCGCAACGCUCAGAUUUUCAAGUACCAAUUCCUGGAUUCUUCGAAUUUCUUGAGCUACCAUCCAGUAUUCAGCUUAAAGUUCUGCAAUAUUUGACCGCAAAUGAUGUGAUCUCGUGCCGAUUAGUUUGCCGCUCGUUCAAUCGAUUGAUCAUGGAAGGAGGUUCGGAGUUACAGAGACCGAAGAUCGGCACCGUCGCCGUGUACCUCAAGGAAUCUGUUCCUUUUGUUUGUGAUCCUGAAAUUGAUGGGCUACAGUCAAAGAAAUUAUCCGAAUUCCACGAUGUUGCUAUCACAGCAUUGCACUUUAUGGAGGGUGAUGUGUGCUCUUCAUUCCUGGAUUCACUGCUGUCUAUUCUCGUCCGAAAUCAUGUGACUGUUCUCACGUUAUCCUGUGUCGAUGCUCAUUUAUUGUGUACUGUGGACGAGUUUGUCCAUUUCCUUAAAGAAACGAACGUACGGACGUUGACAAUAAAUUCGGUGAAAAUGAGACCGUUUGUGCACGAAUUAAUGCAGCACCACGUUGUUCAAAAUCUUCUAUGCUUACUACUGUAUUCUGUCCCAUACGUAAACGACGCAAGCGUUGUGCUUUCAUCAAUGUUCCGUGACGGACCACCGACAUUGAAGGAUUUUCGUGUUCUUUUAAAGGAAUGGAAGGAUGGAUUCGUGGACAUCGUGCGAUUUCACGUACGAGAACGUUUCGAUUGGCCGAACAGAGACAAAAUUAUCAGCGGCCUCAAAUUUCGUGUACGUGAACGAGAUCGUGCGGCUGACAACUACGUUCUAUGGAAUUCUCGUGCUGGUCUGCGGAUCUUCGGGGAAGAUCCUGAAAAUUAUACGCAUUCGUUCUCCUUGGAAGAAAAAGGAGUCGCAUCAUUUGUUUUCAUGAAGCAACCACAAUACGCUAUUUGUAGUCGCUGA